UUGCAAAAUAGACAGUGUGUGUCCAUGCGGUCGCCAAUGUUUUUCAAUUGCAAUUGUAGCUAAAGUUUCGAAUUGAAUUACUUUCUGCAUCGAUAGACUCUUCGUGAUUGUUAGUUUUUAGAGCCUUGUGAUCUUUUCAACUCUCCUCAUCAUGACCGACAAGAUCAAGGUAGGCGAUUACCUGAUCAUCCAGCGCCAGAAGUACACCAAGUUGCAAAAGUUCAACAAUUUGAACACAACCGUAAACCUGGGCAAAGAUCAAAUAGAGCUGCGGCUGGCGGAAAACCAUCCGUUCUGCACGACAUUCCACUUGGUUCCAAAGCAGGAACGGGGCAGACGGCUGUACACGCUCGAUGCACUAUCGACACCGUCCGAAAUACGGAACCUAAAGGAGCUGCUGAUCAAGGAGAGCGGAAACGACAAUCGGAAUAUCAUCGACGAUCGCCAAUCGCAGGCCCUUUCGACCGAGGAAAUUCUGAAGCUGCGCGAAGAGUGCGAAUCGUCGUCGGAAGUGAUCGGCAAGCUGGUGGAGAACUCAAAAAGCUUCGCCACCAAAACGGAAUACUCGCAGGAAAAGUAUCUGAAGCGAAAGGAGAAAAAGUACUUCGAGUACAUUACGAUACGCCGUCCGUCGAUUCGAUUGUUAACGGACAUCUACUGGCGCUUGGAUCCGGAAAAGGUGCUGGGCGUCCGUUUCGAUACACUGUCGCAGAUAAUAUCCUACAGCGGGGUGUGCAGUGUCGGCAACUACCUGCUUUACGAAUCGGGAACGAAUGGGCUGUUGCCGGCAGCAAUGUUGAACUCGAUAGGUGCAGAGACUGGCGGCAAGCUGGUCCACCUACACCCUGGCAACGUGGCACAGAAGCAAGCACUCUUUGCGAUGGACUAUCCGGCCGAACAGCAGGCACGCUGCGUAUCGGUUAACAUUUACUCGGUGCUAAGACACUUCUAUCAGGACAGGGAAGGAGCAAAGGAGAAUGAAGCACAGGAACCGGUGGUGGCCGAAGCAAAGGAGAAUGAGACACUGGAACCGGUGGUAGCCAAAGCCGAAGACUCCACUGAUGGUGAGCGGGCAGAGGAAGUGAACGGAACUAGCAAGCGAAAGCACGAAGAAACGCAGGACGGAACCGCUGAGGAUGAACCGGAAGCAAAACAGCUGAAGGUGGACAAACAGAAGCAAGCGUGGGAGCUGGAGAAUGAAGCCGCUGCGAGUAUAAUGCGGGAAAAGUUUGAUUCGCUCGUGAUUGUAGCGAAGGAGCAUCCGUACAGUAUUCUAAAAGCAUUGCUGCCGUUCGUCAAACCGAGUCGGCCGGUUGUAAUUUUCAGCACUUGCAGGGAGAUUCUUACCGAGAGCUAUGUGGACAUGAAGGCGGAAGCGUCAGUUACAUAUCUGCGUGUAACUUCGAACUGGAUGCGACAGUAUCAGAUUCUUCCGAAUCGUACCCAUCCGGAUGUUACCAUGUCCGGUAGCAGUGGAUAUUUGCUCACGGGGUACACCAUUGGCAACUGAGCGUCGGUGGAAUCUUGGAGGAGAAAUCGAGGAUUGUUAUUACAUUGCGCGCAUUAUUGGAAUGAUGUAAUAAUAAAUGGCCACACUUAUAGA